AUGUCGUCUCUAUUUGGAAAAAUCGAUGAGCCUAUCGCAGUAACGAACUCUUCUAAGUCGCGAUUAUCUCUCUUCGACGACGAACCAAGUCCAACCCCAGGAUCCAAAUCCUCGCUAUUCGCAGAUGACGACGAUGUCUCGGGAGGUUCGCCAUGGGAUAUAUCAGUGCCAAAGAAAGCAGCUCGGGGAGAUUUGCUGAAAACUCUCCUUCCGACAUCCGACGUGCCAGAGAGUUACAUUGAUAUCUUUGAUGAUAUGCUCAAGAAUGGCAAUAAUUCCAAUGGAAAGCUUAGUAGGGUCGGUGUCUCAAAGCUUUUAAAGGCUGCAAAUUUAAAUGCCGAUAAGACGAGUUGGAUUUUGACAAUUAUUGCCCCUACUGCAGAGAAAGAUCUAGAACGGAAUGAGUUCAAUGUACUGUUGGCAUUGAUUGGCUUGGCUCAGGAAGAAGAAGGCGUUCAAGAUGUUACACUUGAUGGCGUAGAUGAGCGACGAAGAAAUCUCCCAGUGCCCAAGCUUACAGGCUUGACAACUUUAUCAACCUCGAAUUUAGAGUCUUCUAUCCCAGAUGAACCAGCUACGAAGCCUUCUCAACGACCUAUAACUCCAUCAUCUGUAACUCGGUCACUAUCUCCUCAACAAACUCGAAUGUUACGAAAGGACUCCCUCGAAUUCCCCGAAGCGGAUCCGUGGGCUAGCCCGGCUCUUCAUAAAGGUCAUAAUCAUGCUAGUCCUAGAUCGAAUGGGGCGCCGACGAAUGGAGUACGCGAACCUGUAAGAACUUCAAGUAAUUUUACAACCAAUUCUACUGGUGGAUCGAAUGGAAGUCAACCUCAACAAUCCAGAAGUGUCCCCCAAGAGCCUGUAAGUGGGGGAUGGGGAUCCUAUGACGCGAAUUCAAAUUUCAACAGCUCAGUAACACCUCCUGUUGGCGGAAGCGGUGGAUUUGGUGGCGAUGGCGGAGAAGGGGAACGACCGGAAGAACCUGCGCCACCGGUCCGCACGUUUGGCGGUGGUCGUGUGACUAGUAACGGAGUGGAAGAGAAUAUAGUCGUCACCCUGUUAGCUGAGAAAGAGGGAAUGUUUCUGUUUCAACAUCAUAAUUAUCAAGUCUCUUCUAUUCGUAGAGGAAGCAAGGUUGUGAGAAGAUAUAGUGAUUUUGUCUGGUUGUUAGAUUGCUUACAAAAGCGAUUUCCUUUCAGACAGAUACCCCUUCUACCCCCCAAGAGAGUCGCAGUGAACGGGAACCAUCUGGCUGCCGAAAGCUCAUUUAUGGAGAAGCGAAGAAGAGGAUUAGCACGUUUUUCCAAUGCGCUUGUCAGGCACCCCGUUCUUAGUCAAGAGCAGCUGGUCAUAAUGUUUCUGACUGUUCCAACUGAGCUUGCUGUUUGGCGAAAGCAGGCUACUAUAUCUGUCCAGGAGGAGUUUGGUGGACGGCCACUACCCCCAGGACUGGAAGACUCUCUACCUCUUACUCUCAACGAUCUCUUCGCUCAGACCCGAACGGGUAUUCGACGAUCUGCGGAUGCCUAUGUUAAUAUGUGCAAUCUUAUGGAUCGUCUUGCAAAACGCAACGAAGGGCUUGCUGCAGAUCAUUUACACACCUACGCUAUUGAUACUAAUGAAGUACCAUUAUUGAAUGAGGGCCUUCAUUCUACUGCGAAACAUCUUUCCAACAGCCAAAGUCUUCUCGAAGAUGAGGCAAAAGCCUGGGACCAAGGUGUUUUAGAAGACUUAAAGAGACAGCGAGAUGCUCUUGUCAGCAUGAGGGAUAUGUUCGAUCGCCGCGAUCGCUAUGAUAAAGACAACAUACCAUAUUUAGAGCGCAGGAUUGAGAACAACGAGAACAAGCUUGUCACAAUACGAGCAAGGCCGGAAAACAUGGUAAAGCCAGGAGAAAUCGAGAAGGUCACAGAAGCGAUUAUCAAGGACAAGGAAUCCAUUGUAGCUCAACAUGCACGAGGCAUAUUUAUCAAAGAGUGCAUCAGAGAUGAGCUCAUUUACUUCCAAUCAACACAGUACAGCAUCAGUCGACUAAACCAAGAUUGGGCACAAGAACGUGUCAAGUACUCGGAACUUCAGGCAGAUAACUGGAAACAGUUGCAAGAAGAACUCGAAAGUAUGCCGGUUGGGGAAUAG